UUUAGUUCUAAGGCGGUACGAAGUUCGCCGGGUCAGCUAGUGGUUCUUUAAAUUUUGAACUUUAUCAUGAUUUUUUAUUAGAUAUAUAUGGCGGCUUCCCACUGGUCUGCGAUUUUACUGAUCAUCACGCACAGCCGACGAGCACGGACCACCACGCACCGCAGACAGAGGUCUUCCCAUGGUCUGCGAUUCUACGGAUCAUCACGAACAGCCGACCGCCGACCACCGCGGAUUCUAACGCACCGCGGACAAAGGUCUUCCCAUAGUCCGCGACAGUCUGUGCUUUUGAUUGAGAUUAUAUAUGUGACUCAUUUAAUUUUGGCAUUGAUUACAUUGCGUUUGUCAAGUUUCUUAUCUCUUUCAAUGUUUUCGUUUAGAAUAUGGUGUGAAAUGUGUAGUAUGCACAAUGCACAUUCCAUGUAAAUCAA